GUAUCAGUAUAUAGAUUUAUAUGCCUUGCAUUCUUUUUUUUAGGCAUUUAAAUAAUUUGAAGUUUAAAUUGUCCACUAAACCACUUACCAAAAAAGAUGAUAUCUAGCAAAUGUUAAAAAGGUUACCAAGAAAGAAGAAACUAACGGUGCAUACAAAAAGAUGAGUUGGGAAGGAUUUAUUAGUGACAAACUAAAAGCAAGACAGUAUUUACAUAAAACAGAAGCAAAAAAAGAUUUGGCCACUGUUCUAAAGAAUCAUCCAGAUCUUCAUCCAGAGGAAGAUAUUUAUGUUCAAAAUGAUGGAACAACAAAAACAUAUAUUUCCUUAAAAGGAACAAUACCAGUUAAUUAUAAAGGUGCUAUUUACAAUAUACCAAUUCAAAUAUGGGUUCUAACUGGACACCCAUUUACUGCACCACUUGUGUAUGUGAGACCAACAAGCACGAUGGUGAUCAAGCCGAGCAAGCAUGUUGAUCAAGCUGGUCGUGUGUAUAUGCCAUUUUUGACAGAGUGGAGAAGUCCUAAAUCUGACACAAUGGGAAUGAUUUCAAUGCUUCAAUUGAUAUUCAGUCAAGAAUGCCCAGUUUACGCAAAGCCACCAUCUGGUCCUACAACCAGACCACCUCCACCGCAAGUGAGACCGCAUCAACCAGGCUAUCCUGGACAUCAGCAAGGACCAGGUUAUCCUACACAGCAAGGGGGCAUGCCCAUGCCAGGAAUGCCAUCUAGUUAUGGAGGGUAUCCAGGUCAGCAAAACUAUCCAACACACCAACCGACUGCUGGAGUGGCUCCAUACCCCACGAGUCAAGCACAAUCUCCUUACCCGUCCGUAAGUGCCUACCAGCCACCACAGCGGCCUGCUCCUCCUACAAAUAAACUUCCUGAAAGGCAAGGGAGUGUCAUUGCAGAGGAGCAUCUACGAGCUUCUUUGCUGUCGACAGCAGAAGACAAACUAAAGAGACGAGUAAAGGAGGUUUUCCAAAUGGGAAAGAUCGAGUUAAAUGGCCUGCAGCAAACACAAAUUGAGUUGGAGAAAGGCAACCAAGAACUAAAUGAUAUGGUUAGAAAAAUGAACGACGAAAAAGCAAACCUGGCUUCGAAUAUUUCGUUGUUAACUCAAAAGAAUAAAGAGAUGGAAGAAGCGUUACGAAAACUGGAGAGCGAUUCCGAAAAUAUGGACAUCGAUGAAGCUGUAGUUACCACUGCACCGCUGUUCAACCAAAUUUUAAAUCUGUUUGCUGAAGAGAAUGCAGUUGAAGAUGCGAUAUAUUAUUUAAGCGAUGCUUUGCGAAGAGAAGUGAUCGAAUUGGAAGUCUUCUUAAAGACUGUGCGCACGUUAUCGAGAAAACAAUUUAUGCUUCGUGCAACACUACAGAAAGCCAGGGCUACAGCAGGUCUACCUAGCAAUGCGAUUGGCCAUUGAUAAGAGAAUAAACAAGAAACUGCAAGAGUUACGCGCAAUAGCCGAUAUUUUAUCAUACUUGUACUUAUAAAUUAAAUAACACAUGUAGAACGCAAAACAUAA